AUGGCGACAAAUAAACCAGGCCGGUUUCGGAAAAAAGAUGUUGAUCAGAAUAAAUCGUUAUUUGAUUAUUUUGAAAAGAAAGGCUGUGCAGCAGGCUCAUUUACUACUGAUACAGCCAAGCUUGUGUCCUCUAUUUUGGAGGAUAUAAUUACAACUGUCGUAAAUGAGAGAAAACACGGGGUCGAAAAAGUUACGGAGAAAACAAUCGAUUCAUGGAGGCAAAACAGUGAUGAUGAAAAGCUUUUCAGAACAAUUUUCUAUGAGGCAAAGGAAGAGCUCCCAAAUGACAAAGUAAACAGUUUGCUUGAGCUGCAAAACUUGAAUGGAGCAAUCAUCAAGUACAAGAAUGUAAGUUGGGAUACAGUUAAAGAAAUUCAGAGUUGCAUUGCAACAAUUUUUACAAGAGAAAUUAUAAAGGACAUUAUGGAGUCCUCUUUCUAUGCUGUUAUGAUUGACGAGAGUACAGAUUUAACAGUUCAGAAACAUCUGUCACUUUGCAUUAGAUAUGUCAAAGAUGGAGAAGCUGUUACAAAGUUUUUAGCCAAUGUUUCUGUUGAGGAUGGAAAAGCACAUACAAUUGUUCAGAGAGUUGUCCAGUGUCUGGAAGAGUUUGGAUUAGACCCAUCAAAGAUAGUGUCUCUCGCUACUGAUGGUGCUUCAACAAUGAUGGGAAAGAAAACGGGAAAGCUUUUGGGAGAGCCAGAGCUCACUGUUAAAGAACCCCACGCCAUUAGAUGGCUUGGUUUGAAAAAUGCUGUUGAAGCAGUGUUUGAGUCAUAUAAUUCAGUGUUGGCUACACUGUCCAACUUUGCAGCAGAAAAACAGUCCCAAGCCCAUGGACUUUUAAAGUACUUUUCAGAAUACAAAACUGUACUAAUGGUUGCUUUUGUAAUUGAUGUGCAUGAAGUUUUGGGUUGUUUGAGUAAACAGUUACAAAAACAAGAUAUUGUCUUUAGUGAUAUUCAGCCCUUAAUGGAUGCUACACUAGGAAAACUGGAUUCUCUUGAAGCUAAGGAUGGGUCAGCACAGAGAGAAAUAAGAUGUUGCAUACUAAGAACUGAAGAGGGUUCAGAAGUUGCCUUUUUGAAGGAGGAAAAGCUUACCCAUUAUUCAGAAAAAGUUGAGAGUGAUUUUAAUAGUCUGAGGGAACGAUACAUAGCCCAGGUGAAAAAAAAUAUAAAGCAUAGAUUCAGAAAAGAAGACAGUCAGAUAUUUAAUGACUUUAGUCUUCUGCUAGAGCCCUCUGUACUCAAUGAUGCCCAGGAAAAUGAAUCAGAAAAUGCCAUAGAAGCCCUUGGUGUGUUUUAUGGUGAAGAGAAAACUGUUAAAAUAGUACAUGGGGACAUGGAAACAGGGCACCAUGAAGAGAUUAAUCAGGUCUCUGGUCUACUGAAUGCAAAACAGCUCAAAGAAGAGUGGCCUAUGUUGAAAGGAAUGUUGUCAGGAUCAUACAAAAAAUUGCCAGUGUCUGCAGUCUGCAAAAGAGUUAUCAAGGCAGAUGAUAUGUUUCCUGAAUUUUCAAAAUUAUGUACAAUUGCGCUUUGUAUUUCUGUCACAAGCGUAGAAUGUGAGAGGAGUUUCAGUACUCAAAACAGAAUAAAGUCAAAAUACAGGAGCUCUCUCAAGACAGAUAAUUUGAAUAAUUUAAUCACCAUUGCUCUGAAUGAAAAGAGUUUGACAACAUUCAAUCCAAGAGAUUCAGUGGCAUUAUGGGAGGCCAAGAAAAGAAGAAGAAAAUCCAGCGCAAACACAACAAAGACUACCAAUAAGUCGACUGCAGCAAGAUCGACACACCACAAAGUAUGCGCAGUCUUACAGCCUCCACAUUCAACAGACGUCAAAGCGAGACCGCCAUUAAAAUCUAGGAUAUCUUCCUUCGAGGCUAAUAAAACUUCAAAAUUUCCAACAUCGAAGCACAACAAAGAAACAAAAGGCGGUACUAAACUGCCCGAGUUUGACACUCUAUAUGCACAGAUAAAACAGUAUCUGGAGAUAAAGAAGUCUACUACAAAAUCACGAUUUGCCGACUCAAAAAACGAUGUCAAUCAAUCCAAGUCGUCGAAUCAUUUCGUUUUACUUGGUGACGUUACCAAACCUCUCCCCAAAACAUCGAAAGUAGUUCGAAUUUUCACAAGCAGCACAUUUACAGACACCAUGUUGGAACGAAACAUGCUUCUGGAGGAAACGUAUCCCAGAAUAAAACUGUUUUGUCAAACCCAAGGUUACGACUUCCAGGUGGUGGAUAUGAGAUGGGGAGUCAGGGAUGAGUCCACAGAUGACCACAUGGGAACGACGUUAUGUCUAAAGGAACUGACCCAGUGUCGAGACAUGUCUACUGGACCAUUCUUUGUUACAAUGUUAUCACAUAAAUACGGGUACUGUGCGCUGCCGAGAGAAAUAGAUGCAUUAGAGUUUGAGAAAAUUUUGAAAUGUGUCCAAGAUGAAAAGAAUACUGCAUUGUUAAAGAAAUGGUACAUCAGGGAUGACAACGCUGUGCCUCCGUUAUACGUUUUGCAGUCAAUCAGCAAAAUCUUACCAGAAUUUCUUUCGCCAGACGCCGAUAAAAAAUUGGUAGCCAAGUCAAAAUGGUGGGAGGAUAACGAUGCUAUGCAACAAGCGCUAUAUGAAGCCGCUAAAAAGGCACUAGAAGAGACGGAGGCUGAGAAAUACGUCAUUUCCGUCUCUGAAAAAGAAGUAAAAGCAGGACUGUUGGAUAUAAAGGAUGCAAACAAACAUUGUUUAUGGUUCAAAAGAAAUAUCCGGGGGAUUGACAAAGCCGAAUCCUCCAAGCUUGUUUCUAGGUUUACAGAAUGCUUGGGCCCAGAGGAGAAGAUUAAGAAGGCAAAGAUGAUGUUGAGUGACUUGAAGGAAAAGAAAAUUCCAAAGGUUCUCUCCCCUGAGAACAUUUAUACCUAUGAUAUUGACUGGACAGAGAAAGGGAUUGAUCCAGAGAACAGCCAACACAAGGAGUACUUAAAGAAAAUGACUACUGACUUUGAAACACACAUCUGUCGAUUAAUCAAAGCUGGAAUCCAAGAAAGAGAACAAGGCACAGUCGAAAACAAUGUACUGUUUGAAGAAUGUCUCCAACAUCUUAGAUUUGCUCACGAAAAAUCGAAAAAUUUUCAUGGUCGUGGCAAUGUUAUGAAGAAAAUAGAAUCCUACCUGAACAACGAUGGCGAUGCUCCACUAGUCGUCCAUGGUGAGUCUGGCUCUGGCAAGACGUCCAUCAUGGCCCAAACAGCUAUGAUGACAGCCUCUACCGUACAGGACACGGUAGUUGUUAUCAGAUUCAUUGGGACUACUCCCAGGAGCUCCAAUAUCAAUUCUUUGCUGAAAAGUAUAUGUCUCCAAAUUAAAACUGUGUUUGGUGAUACAUCAAUAACUUCAGAGGACCCAGAAGAGCUUGUCUUAGAAUUUCAGAGAUGUUUGCAAGAUUUACCAACAAAGAACAAAGAGCUUCUCCUUCUUUUAGAUUCGAUGGAUCAGCUAGAUACUUCUCAUCAGGGUCGACAGCUUGGAUGGAUGCCAACCCAUGUACCACAGCACGUCAGAAUUAUAGUGUCAACCCUGGAAGACGAGAAAUACGAAUGUUUCCCCUCAAUCAGAUUUCUUUAUCCAUCCUCUAGCAAUUAUAUUGCUGUGGAAAAAUUACCAGAAGUUGAUGUAAAAAGUAUUGUUGACUCUUGGUUAAAAGGAAAACAAAGGACACUUACAAAGUUGCAGAGAGACUUGUUAUUGCAAUCUUUUGAUCAGUGCCCCCUCCCACUGAAUCUGAAACUGUCAUUUGAUGAAGCCUGUAGAUGGACAUCAUCAGCAACAAAAGAUUCAACCAGACUGCAAACAACAAUACGAGACAGUAUCAAUCGUCUCUUCUUCCGGUUAGAGAGAAUACAUGGUGAACUAUUUGUAUCAAGAACACUUGGUUACAUUACAGCAGCAAAAAGUGGCUUAUCAGAAGGAGAGAUAGAGGACAUUCUAGCGUGUGACGAUGACGUACUUAAUGACGUAUACACUUACUGGACGCCCCCUCUUCGUCGUCUGCCACCAUUACUACUACUCAGACUGAAAGCGGAUUUAAGUGAAUAUAUUGUUGAGCGUGGUGCUGAUGGGUUGACGGUGAUGUAUUGGUACCACAGACAGUUUAUACAGGCAGCACAAGAGCGCUACUGUCAGAAAGAGGAGACUCUACAUGUAGCACUGGCGGACUUCUUCAAUGGAACAUGGUCCAAUGGAAAAAAGAAACCAUACAAAGAUAAGUCUGGUAAAAUCUCAGAGGCGGACAGGUUUGUCUCAUCACAGCCACUGAUGUUCGGAAGUACAUUCAAUGUACGGAAACUGAAUAACCUGCCUUAUCACAGAAUUAAAGCUGGUCAGAUAGAUCUAGCCAAGAUGGAGAGCCUGUGCAGCUUCAGAUUUAUGUUUUGCAAGCUUCUUGCCACAUCUUGCAGCAAUCUACUGUCUGAUUACACACUUGCUACACAGAAGAUCAGUGACAAGGAAAUUUGUAUAAUUAGAGACACGCUACAACUCUCGGAGCAUGCGCUUAUCUUUGAUAAAUUGCAGCUUGUCCCACAAUUGAUUGACAGACUUUCAUCAGAGAAGACUGCAGCCACCUUCCUGACUCAGUUGAAGGACUACCCAUUUAGUUAUUUACUGCCCUAUCGCAAUAUGUUGAUGAAGCCCGGAGGGUCGUUAGUCUACUCCUUAUCGGGUCACACUAAAGAACUGAGAGCCGUGGAUAUGAAACAGGACGGGUCAACUGUAGUAAGCUGUGCAUACCAUCCGGAUAAUAGCAUCAAACUUUGGGAUGUAAAAAACGGAAAGCUGAUCAAAUCAAUCGAAAACAUUGCCCAAAGAGCUGUCAAAGUUUUCUUCAUAUGUAAUGAUUCCAUGAUCUUGGUUCAUUUUUAUCAUAACCUCGUUGCAAUCAAAGAAACUGGCGAAGUUGCGUACACAAUCUCUAUCCCAAAAGAAAGAACUCUUCUUUGUCCAGCACACAAGGGGAGAGUCGCCUUUCUUGUUUUCCAGGACAAUACCAUAGAAUGGUACGAUGCUCAAACUGGAAAGAAGACGGACACGAUUAAAUGCCCGGAAGGUGUUCAAUUUAGCGAGACUGGUGUUGCAGUCGGCUCUAAAUCAUUAGUAGCCGCUACAGUGGAACCACGGGAGAAGUUCAUUGUGUUUGAUCUAUUGACAAAGAUGGUGUCAUUGUAUAAUAUUCCAUACCCAGAGAAGGUUAAAAGACGUCAUAUCAUCAAGUCUCUUGCAAUAAUGCCAGAUGAGAGACACGUCAUAUUUUCCAUCCGAUUCAACAAUGAUAUAAGAUUUCUAGACAUCUCUACCAUGACAGAGGACAGGUUUAUAGAAGGUGACCGGAAGGAUUUUACACUAGGACAAUUUGUACUUUCCCCUGAUGGUACGGAACUCUUUUACCAAGUUGGCCAAAAUGUUUGCACCUGGAACCUUAAAGAAGAAAAAUUUAAAUGGACGUUCCUGCAUCCGGGUUACGUCCUAGGUUUAGCAUCCACAGACUGGAAAACUAUGGUUACUAUUUCGAAUGAUCCAAUCUUGAGGGUAUGGGAUCUUACCAAGAAAAUGAAAGACGUCCAAACAAAUAAAGUUAAACAUCUUGCUCACAUGUAUGAUUAUGGUCCUGUAUCGAAUCCGCGUUAUUUACUUGGGCUUGCUCAGUUGUUUAUGAUGGACCGUCGAAUGAAGGGGGAGGACGAAGAUUAUGCUGUUGUUGCCAUUGACAUGGCAACAAACGUUGUGAGCAGAAAAUGUCAGAUGAAUGAAAAGCCACGAUUGUUUGAGGUUCUAAAUGAUAGUGAAGUUAUCAUAUGUUCAUCAGACCGGAAGUUGAAAGUUCUCAACGUAGAGAAAAUGGAAGUAACAAGAAGUUUUCAGGGGAAAAUGUUCCAGCACAUUCCAUUUACUCGAUAUGGAUAUCUAGAAAUUGCUGUUUUGAAGGACAGAGGAGAACUUGUUACGGUAACAAAGGGGAGGAAACACUUCAAAAUUUACGACCUCGGCAGUGGAAUGACAAAAUCAAUCAUCAAAGUUCCAUCUGAAGAUGACUGUAGACUCAAAGAAUUAACGGCUUGUCAUGAUGGUUCAGUGGUUAUUGCUAACAGCACAGUAGAUAAAUUCUUUAUUCUGGACAUGAAUAGUAAAUUACUGACUGUUAUUGGCGAAUCUGAGUUAAGAUGUCUACGAAUAUUUGAAUUUGUACACAUUACUUCCUCUGGAAAUGUUGCAUUGUUUAUAGCAAAUUUUAUACAGGAUGGCCCAUGGGAAUUUCAGCUGCAUAGAGUAAGAGAAAAGAAAGUUGGAGUCAGACUGAGCGAUAACGGGUAUCCCCAGUCGUCCUUUCAAUCAUUUCCAGCGGUCAAGUUUGCUGUUCCGAACGUCAGGAGCAUAGAGGACUGGGGAUUUAUAACAUCCUACCUCGAUAAUGUAAUCAGAAUCUGGGAUUCAGAAAAAGGUACCAUUUUGCAUCGAUUAAGUGGCCAUGCUGUUCCUGUGACAAUACCGCCUGUGAAGAAAGGAGCAAGGUAUUUCAUAACGCACAGCAGGUUGAAGGAAGAGAAUGCCAUUCGUGUCUGGGAUAUCAAAACCAUGGAGUGUGUGGCAUCACUCAAACAAGAUGGAACAGACAAUCUUUUAGUGGAUUUUUGUGGUGAUCUCAGGUCGUUUUAUUCCCUUAAAUUCUCACCAGUGAAUGUAAAUCAUUUUUCGUUAAAAGGAUUGGGUUGUGAUGUAGACAUUACACGAUGUCGAGAAUUAUACAAAGGAACUGCACAUAAAACAAUUGAUCUAAAUGUACCUACGCCUAAUAGGGCCGAUGAUCAGGAUCCAGAUGAUGAUCCAGAUGAAGAAGAUGAAUUCGAUGAUGAUUAGAGCAGCAUGACGUGGAUUUUUGUUAAAACUGACUCACUUCUCUUACAUUUAUUGUUGUAAUACUGAAAAACACAAUUAUAAGUUUGACUGUUGCAAUGCUGUUAUUGUUGAAAACCAUUUUAAAGAUUUUUUUCCUUUCCAAAUACACAUGUAAUAUGCAAAUUUUGAACGUUAAUAUUGAUUCUAUCGGAGACCAUUGAGUCAUGAUUUAUGUAAAAUUUAA